CUAUUUAUAUUUAGCCAAGUUUUACCAACAAGCAUACAUUUAAUGCACAAUGUACAAAUUAUUUAUGUGUUACUGCUGUGUAUAAGCGAUUUAUUUGAAGCUAGUCAGAGUUGAUGGUCGUAGCGAUGAACUUUUUUUCCCCUUUCUCCCUGUAUCGUGCGAUUUCGGAUCUUUUAUUAAUACUUUAUUUAUUUAUUUUUGCAACAUAAACGGAAUCUCUGUUAUAUGCAAAAAAAAAUAGAUUUUAAUUCGAGCAUCACAUUUUAUUCUGUUUCCCAGCGCGAUCCUCAUAUUCUGAAAAUAUAUUUUAAAAUUAUAUUUUAAUUCAUGUACCAGGAUUCAUUCAUUCUGAUUCUCUGCGGCCGCAGAGCACGUGUUGACUGAGCAGUCGUGACAGUCUACCCCUCCACCCUCUAAAGAGAUGAUAUGAUGCGCCAGGUGUAUAUGGUUGCUCGAGAACUUGUGACAGGUGUAUCGGUGGGAAAAGAACUUUAGGGUAUAUAAGAAACGAGACGGACUAACAUUUUCCAUGAAGAAAUUCGGGGAUCGACAUGAUGGCUCAUGCUUUAAAAGUUCAAGCUGAAAUUCACCAGGUGCCUGAGUAUCAUGUUACAGCGGAAGAACUAGAGGGUAUUAGCCUCACUCAGACAGACCCAGAUUUUACACGGGGAAUUAAUCCUGAUGAGUUUGCGAGAGGAUCGGGAAGCGACAGUCUCGCGGACGAUUUGGAUUUGAUUCUAACAGGGGCCUCGCCAGCGAUCUCGCGAGAUCGUCGCGUUCCCUCCUCUCCUCCGAGAAGCGGAAAUGGCGUAAUAGAAAUAUCAACAACUCCGAGACCGGCGAGGCCGCAAUUCGCGAGCGUGACACCAGUUUUAAAAGUCUGUGAUGCGCCUCGGCGAGCGAAGAGACGGAGAUUAGUCAGUAAGACAGCGUCUCUAGUGAAGCGAUUAUUUACAGAUUCAGUCGAAUCACCCGCGUGUUCAACCAGGGAAGGGGGUUGUGGAUCUCAAAGCGUGAUUAACGAGACCGAAGCGGAGACCGAAUCGGAUAACGGCCCAGAACCGAAUCAGGAAGCAGAGCGAAGUCGGAGAGAGCGCCAGAGUCCCACUAGACCCCUGUUUAAGCGCAGGUUUCCUCAGGCUGACCCCGCCGCCAGCGUCUCUAACCAGGAAGCGAGACCUGAACGGGCCCGUCGGUUGAGAAUAGCGCCACCUCUCCGCCAGCGCCGUGACAGCGGAAUCUUGCGACUCGCUGAAAUAACUAGCGAUUUGAUUCGCGACCUGAUUCGUGACUACAGCGCCACGUUUUCUAACGCGUGUGAAAAAGGUUUUGUGUGAAAGGUUUGAAUGCAUGUCCGUGUCGAGCUAUAUUUUGAUGUUGUGAAUUCAUGUUUUCGAAUGUAUGUUAGCAUCAGGGAAAUAUUUCUGACAUUGUGAAUGCUGGGUUAUAGAUAGGGGAAAAUUAUAUAAUAAAAGUGUGCAAGAAAAAUAAAAAAAAAUCAUUUAACCCUGAGGUGUGACGUUUUAUUUAGACCCCUCGUUAAAAGUAAAACCAUACGAGAUAAACCAAAAAACAUAACACUAUAAAACACUAUAAAUAUAAACACUAUAAAU